AGCCAUUCGUUAAGUUACUAUUAUUCACCGAUAACAUUUAUGCCAGUUUUUUGAUAGUAUGCUCAUAAACAAAACACAUUUAAUUAUUUAAUCGUCAUACCUUUGAAUUCGUCGAAGUAUCAUCCCUAACUAAUUCUUUCUUGUUCCCUUGCAGGAUUUUGUUCAAAUAAGCCAUAGAUUAUUGCUGUGAUUUAUUGCGAAACCAAAUGGCUUCUUGACAAAAUUAAUGAAGUUAUAAACAGAGAUGAGUGCCAUCAUAAAUCGGUAUUCUCACGUUUUUUCCACGUGGGAGGUAUAUCCAAGGGUGCAUUUCUUUCAAAGGCGUUUUGUUGAUCUUCAUAGAAGAUUUAGAACACUGACAGGAGCUUUCCCAUCUACUUACAAUGAUCCGAAUGUACUGUCCGACAUUGAAAAACUAAACAAUGCGCUUAAAAAGUCAUUAACUGUCACUGUUUUCGGAAAAGACGACAUUCGCUCUAGCGAGUUUGCUGACUCCGGAUAUGAAAUAGAUGAUAAGCCAGAAUGUGGAAUAAAUGUGCUUAUUUGUCACGCACGACUGAAUGACACAGAUGAAAAUAGUUUACAGGAUGUUGAAGAUAUGUUUAAUCAAGCCACCAAGUAUUUAGAAGGUAAACAAAGCUUAGAUUUUGUUGUAUGUUACUGCGACACAUGUCCUGAUUCCUCAGAGAAUAAUGUCAUCGAAGCUCUACUACAAGUUUCCACAAGAGUCAAUGAAGCACAUGGCUAUAAAGGAAUUGCUCCCGAAAACAUAAUUAUUGGAAAAAAUGCAUUCACUCUUCAGAACAAAAUAUCGGAAUUACUCGAAAGUCGGAUAGUUGAUGGUUUAGUUAAAAUCUCUUCGUACCUUCAACGAUUUGUAAGGGUUGACAGGCACUACGACCAAGAGAAUCUGGAUAUAUUGAAGACAAAAGCUUGUGUCAAAGCAGUGCAAGACUUCCUUGGAAAUGGACACAGUCUUUAUGACAUGAGACGUAAAGCAGCGACUGAGGAGGUCUUUCUCGACCAAGUGAUAUGUAAAUUAUCCAGUAUUAUAAGAUGUGCAGUCGUACCCGAAAUGGCAACAAAGCAUAACUUGCAGUUGUGGAUGUGUAAUAAAUUGCUUCAAGAGGUAAACUUUGAAAAGAGCUUGCGUGAAAAUGUCUCCAAAAAUACCCGCUACCAUUUGUCUAAACUGGCGAAAUACUACUUCGAGGUCUACAAGACACCAUCAACUCCUUCAACUUCUAUGAGUGACACACAAACAAAAUCUCAUAGUUUUGACUACUUGGUAUAUUAUCUCCAAAAUGAUUUAGCUGGUGAAGUCACAAAUGCGGAGAAAAAGCUUUCUGCAAUGCACUAUUUGACAAAUAUAAUGAGAAAGAUGAUGUACGAAAUAAAAGGCUACAUGCGUCAAACAGUUGUACAAUUACAGUCCCAAGAUGAACCAGACUUUUCCGCUCCAGACAUUGCAGACCAACUGCGGGAAAAUGUUUUAACAUUGGAAGGGGUGUACGCCAUUGGUACACUUUACGGUCAGCUGGAGAUCCAUUUAGACAAAAGUAACGCCGAAGAUAGUUCUAAUGUCAGAGAAGAAAUAACUACAAUUAUGAAUGAGUGUCAGUUUCAACAUCCGUAUGUUAUAAAGGAAGUUAGCAUGAAACCGAAACGAAUGGCAAACAACUUUUAUGAGCAGGGUGACACAUUACGUUGCCCUUUCCCGGAUAACUAUGACAACAUUCGUGAGGGUACGUUAGGUUGCUUCGUUAAAGGACGAGACAAUAAACAUUACGGACUAACAUCUGCACAUGUUGUAAACCCAAAGCCCAAAACGAAAUUGAAUGUGAUGGUCCAAAAGAGAGGACAGACAUACAAGCGUUUCGGCAAGAGUCAAGAUAAUCUAUGUGUACUACCAUCGGAAGGUAGUCUCCACCAUAUUGAUAUUGCAGCUGUUAUGGUGUACUCCGAUGUUACAAUGCACUGCAAUUUUUCAUUAAAGGAUGAUAUUGGACAAAUUAAGCCGGCACAUGUAGUGAAUAAAUCGAGGAAAGAGCUGUCUGAAAGCUUUGUAUUUAAGUCAGGCGCGAAGACAGGAAUUACAAAGGAAUAAUUGCUUCAGCUGACUAUAACGUUGCUGUGAAAAAGUUGCCGGAACACCUCAUUCUUAUAGAACCUUUGCCAGCAGAUGACGAAAAAGACAUAGAAGAAAAGGCACUUGAGCUGGUGAAUGGUGACAUUGGGAAUUUACCUCAGACAAAUGACUCUAAUGACGAAACGGCAACACGAUCACAUGUAAUGUUAACUGAUCGCGGUUGUGAAUCAGACCAAUCGUACCGUGGGUUAGACAGUCGGCGUAAUUCACCGUCAAACACGAGAAAAAGUGAGUCAAAAGAAUUACGCUCAGUGGCCCCCGGUAUCAAAAAUCUGCAACUUGAGGCUGGUGCUUGUGGAAUAUCGUGUGAUAUGUCUUUUAAUGAAGCAAAUCAAUUUAGAGACGAACAUGCUUUAGAGAUUUCCCAGAACGGUUGUGCUAUAUUUGCCGAGCAAGGCGACAGUGGAUCAAUUGUUUGUAUGCUAGAUUUAGAAUCAAAAACGGUUUCAGCGAUCUCGAUGGUCAGUGCUGGAAAUUUACAGUUAAAAGGUUACGGAAGAGACGACUUUGAAAAUAAUAUGUGUGUUUCGUUUCUUUUAGUGGAUGGAAUGCAAGAGCUAGGCAAGAAAUACAAAGGGAAUCCAGAUUUCUUCAAGUUUGAAUAAAAUAUAAUUUGUUUGUACUUUCGAGAGGUAGCAGGUGAAUACUUUGCCAAUGUAUCGUUUUAUAAACUUUUCUCAAAACAAUGCAAAUUGAUAAUUUUCUUUUUCCUAAUUUUCAAAAUAUAACCUGAAGUUUUGAAAAUUGGUGGUUAAUCAACUUCUACAUUGUAGAAAAAAUGAUCCGAUAUAUUUAUUUAUUGCGUUGGGUUUAACGUCGCGUCGACAUAAUUAUCGGUCAUAUUGCGACUUUCCAGCUUUGCUGGUGAAGGAAGACCCCAGGUGCCCCUCCGUGCAUUAUUUCGUCACGAGCGGGCAUAUGGGUAGAACCAUCGACCUUCCGUAAGCUAGCUAGAUGGUUUUAUCACAUGAAGAAUUCAAUGCCCCUAGUGUGAUCCGAAAUAAGAAUACAACUUAACAGAAUUUACCGUUGUUUAAAUCAUUCAAGUCUUGAGAAUUAUUUUAUUUGAAUAGAAAGCUUUCUAUGCAUAUAUUUCUUUUUGAUAUUCUUUGUAUGGACAAGGUGUUAUAUCUUUAAGGAAAGCAUUAUCUUAUUUUAUAUUUCAAAGAAGGAGCAAAUAGGUAUGCACCCAAAUUUCUACUUCAUUUACACAGACUGCGUUUUGAAUGCUUCAUUAUAUUUAAAUAGCUAUCAUGUGGUUAUUGAUAUAUCAAGUUGUCAGCUCUGCAUGAUCAUUUUCGGAAAAUAUACAAUAUCAGAACUCAGCUAAAUUUUACAGAGGGCAAAUAUACAACAGUUGCAUCAAUAAAUUAUUUAUAUAUUGCAAAUUCCAAAAAGUCAACGUUAUUUGUACGAAGCUUGAUAAUAAAAUUGAUAUUAAUUAA